AUGCCUGCACCUUUGACGGAUCCCUCUGGAGAACCUUUGUUCGACCCAGAUUCGCUCCACCACCCCCGCUCGGCUGAGUGGUUACCAUUGGAGCACGUCUCCAAAUAUUUGGAGGCUAGAGUGCGAUGUCCUCUUUCCAAAGAGGCUCGCAAUAAGCUUAGGGCGGAGUGCCCCAGACCCGUCAUCCCUAACAGGGUGUGCGAGACUCCAGCGGUCGACCCCAAAAUGACGCAGUUCCUCGCCAGAUCUGGUUGGAACCCGCGUAGGGGUCUGGAGUCGGCGCUACGAUCCUGCCAGGAUAAACUCCUGGACAUAUUUGGCCCGCUAGCUAAGCUUUUCGACCUGGCAGAGACAGCUAAAGCUGAGGACAAGCAAGUUGACCCGCUGGAAUUGCGCGAAUGGGUACAGAGGGCCAUUUGCAUAGCAGGGAACGUGAAUACGUCCUUGGCUAUAGAGAGGCGAAAGGCCAUCCUCUUCAAAAUUGAGCCAAAGCUGUCAAACCUAGCUCUGACGGAGGCUGGAAAGGAGGCCCAGGGCCUUUUAUUUGGAGAACCGUUCAUUAAGGACCUAGGGAGGUUUGUGGGGGCUUUCACGGCCUUAGACAAGGCCCAGUCCUCCAUGAAGCGAGUUUUUCACGGUAGGGUCUCUACCAGGGCCGGCAGCUUCAGGGGCCGCCUGUCCGGCCGUGCCCAAUUUCAGUCCCGUGGUUCGGGCCGAGGCUCCUACUCCCAGAGGUCUUCAUUCCAGGAGCACAGACGAGAACAGUCUUCGUUCUUCCCUUCACGAGGAAGCUCCUGGCGUCCAAGAGGAUAUCGAGGAAAUCCGUCUUCUAGACGUCCCUACGGUUGAGAUCGGUCAGUUCCGUGGUGUCC